GCCCUGCCAGCCUUCACGCGUGACUCUCAAGGCAGUGCGAUCACCGCUGCAAUUGUGGUCCUCAUCACCAUCAUCAUCCAAAUCAGAUUCCGUAGCCAUUUUGGCUCAAGCUGCAGGCUGGAACCGGGUCGAGCUCGGCUGCCAAGCGGAGCGAUGGCGAGGCUGCUGCCGGCGUGCGUCCUGCUCGCAGGCACCUGCGCGGCGCUCCUGUGCCUCACGGCGCUGCGCGCGUCGGCGCCGCCCGCCUUCCUGUCCUCGGCUGCUGCCGGCCGGCGCGAGGCCCUCCAGGCCGCCGCGGCUGCGGCGGCGACACUCGGUAGCCAGGCCGCGCUUGCGGACUUCCAGGGCGAGCCUGUCACCUGCAUGAAGAGGUAUGGCCCCGCCAUCAUCAAGCUGCAGAGCGCUGUGGAUUCCGGGGACAUGAAGGCCGUCCUGGCGAAGGAAAACAAGUUCAAGAUGCUCAACACCUAUUGGCGCAACCAGCCGAAGGACUUCGCGGCCCAGACCGAGCUCUCCGAGGACCUCCUGGACGCGGCCGCGGACGGGGAGACGGCCAAGGUGAAGACGUUGUACGCCAAGUACAUGGAGAAGUCGGAGCUGAAGUCGUUCGCCAACCUCCCUCCGGCCAGACAGUACCACAUGACGAACCGCGACGCCUCCAUGGGCUCUCGCUGAGCCGGGGGCUCCCGGGUGUUGAUGGCAAGUAUUUUUUUGACCAGGUUUUAGUAUGCGUGUUGUCCGGUAACGACUCGUUGCGCGUGCGAAAACAAAUCAUCAAAAUAAUUUUCAUCAUCAUCAUCCUCAUCACCCAGUCCUUUUUCUUUCCAUCUGCUGCGCCCGUG